AUGGCUGAGCUUGUUCCAUAUUUCGACGGGAUGCAGCAGGGACAAGGAUACAACACCUACCUUCAACAAAUCGGUGUAGCAGAUGCUGUCACUAUCACUCCUGGCCAACCAGCGUCCGACACUUACGACAUCUUCUAUUGGAGUGAAAGAAUCGAUGAUUACACGAAACUUGCGCAAUCUUUGGAGAUAACCGCUGGCGCUGCUAUUUCCGGCUGGAAACAGUCCUCUCAGAUCGACGCAAGCUAUCUUGACCGGCUGAGCUUUGAAAGCAGCACGGUCACAUAUCAAGUCCAGGUGUCAUCCAGGCAACAAGCAUCAAUUGGAAAUUCGUAUUCCUUCAAUCAGAUUAACACUGAUAACCCAAAUAGGCUGUAUGGAGAUCGUUUUAUUGCAGAUUUCAUCCGAGGUGGCCAAUACUUUGCCCGCGUCUCCAUCUCCUCAGUCAACAAAUCGACCAGUGAAGAGAUCAGGCAGGCAUCCGAGAUUGCUUUCUCGAUGUACGGAGUCACCGGGUCCGUCACGAACGAAGUGAGAAGUGCCGUGGAGACAAUCAACAAACACUCCCGCGUCACAGUCUGGAUCCAUACCUCUGGAGGUGGAGGCCGAGCUGGAGUCAUCCAUGCAGAACCUCACGACGGUGACGACUCACACCUUUUUGCGAUCAAGGAAGGUGCGGAUAAUUUCCACCAGGAGUUGAGGGAGGGAAAGCAUAGAUACAGACGAUUUGCGCUCCUGUGGAGAUACACCAACGUCCCGAAUUUCAAUAAUGCAUUUACACCAUUUGACUACACUGUUGCAAACCAGAGGAGCUGGUACCUUUUUGAAGACUUUACGCAGUACGACGCAUACCUCGAGCUCUUCAUCAACGGCAGAGAGAAACAAGCUGAGCUGUACGGGGAAGGGGCGAACAUACUCUCCGUGAUCCGCACCAAAGUCCACGCGAUCAACGAAAACCCGGAAGAAAUAAACUCGCCAAUCUCAUAUCCCAUCCCAGUGGAUUACAGGAAGCUUGUUCUACUGGCCAUAAGAACAGUAACCAUGAUUGCCCAAGAACGAACCCUCGACAACGGUAGCUUCAGCGACAUUGUACUACCAACUCUUCUAGGAAAUGCACGAACGCUGUUCAAGUUCCAGACAUACGACUUCGAUACUGGAUUCGGGAACACGGUUGUUUCCUUUGGAAGACGUGACUCGUCAUUUAUAUGUCUGAGCGGCCAGCGAGUAUCCGAUGGAUAUCAGGAAGAAAGCGUCUUCUGGGCAUUUGAAGACCCGGUAGAGGAGGUUUCGGAGCAGCAGGUCCAUGUGGCCAGUAUGCGAACAAGGGAUUUGCUCCUUUUGAGUCGGACGGACCCAGGGCCUAGACCGUUGUUUACUUUUUAUGCAAAGAGUAGUUGGUAG